CCUAUAAAAUACCAGAACUCAAUAUUGAACUCAGCAUUUUCGGCCAGAAUGUUACACCACCUCGGUGACGUUCCUCAAGGAUUGAUGAAAUUAAUUACAAAGUCUGUGGGUCUUUUCCUGCUCAUAGCCCUCUUCUUCAUUCUGCAGUACUUAUUCAAUAUGGAUUUUCUUUGCUCAUGCAGACCAGGUCCACAUGAUGUAGUGUUCGUGGCUGCCCCUCCUUUGCUCCUCACCUCGAUUGUCACCUUAAUUGAGUCCAUCUACCAAAUGGGGAUUUUUUGUCGCUGCUGUAAAUAUUGUGUCAACAAUUUCUGCACCUCUUUUGUGAAGUUUUUGAUGAAAUAUCUUUUUCUGACUGCUGUUUGGGUGUCCACGGUUCUGUUUGAUGGAGAUUGGUACUUCUGCCUCAAAAGCUCUCAGACUGGGAUUCCUUGCAAGAAAAAUCUGACCUACGAGGAGACACUCAUCGAAGCCAGUUAUAAGAAUGAAUCACGUGACUGGGGUUUUGCUGUUAUCUCUGGAAUGUUUUUGCUUUGGAACGCCGUUGAUUUUUUAAAAGCCUUUAUCAGAUGGUGUCAAAGCAGCUCUGUGUCUGGACGCAACCUAUGCUGCCCUCCGUACUACAAAUGGGUUUAUGAAGAUCUUCUGUCAGAGGCGGUGAGCAGCCAUAUAAAAAAGGAGCUAAAAAUAAUAGCGGAAAAAAGAGCUAAGAAACUCUGUGAUAAACAUGUUAGGAUUAUUUAUAAUCACGAGCUGCAAGAACAAUACCCAGAUGGCAGCAAUGCCAAUAUUCCCAACGCAAAUGCCGAUGAAAAUCCCAAUGGCAAUCACAAUGACAAUCCCAAUGGGAAUCUGAAUGGCAACCCCAAUGACUAUGCCAAUGGAAAUUCCAGUGGCAAUCUCAAUGAGAAUCCUAAUGACAAUGCCAAUAAAAAUCGCAAAGGCAAUCUCAAUGGAAAUGUCAAUGGCAAUGUCAAUGGCAAUCUGAACGGUAACCCCAAUGAAACUCCUAAUGGCAAUCUCAAUGUCAAUCCCAAUGGCAAUGCCAAUGAAAAUCCCAAUGGAAAUGCCAAUGGCAAUGUCAAUCCGAAUGGCAACCCCAAUGAAAAUCCCAAUGGCAAUGAUGAGCAAGAUAAUAUUUUUGAUACCUGGCAGAACAUUUCCCUCUCAUAUUUCUACUUGUUAGAUGAGGGGGUUGUGCAGAUAAAUCCAUGAAGGGAGAUUAAUUCUGAUAAGCAAAAACUGUACUAUGUU